AGACAUUCGGCAUUAAUGGGUGGCUGCUGUGGUUCAACUAAAAAACGUACUAUAGUUGGCGGCUGGGCGUGGGCCUGGUGGCUAGUAACCGAUGUCCAACGUCUCUCCCUAAAUGUUAUGACCCUUAAUCCCAUGUGUGAAAAUGUGGAAACAGCCCAAGGUGUACCUUUGACAGUUACAGGAGUGGCACAAUGUAAAAUCAUGAAGUCAAACUCGUAUGCAAAAACUGAAGAGGCUGACGAACUUUUGGGUACGGCCAGUGAACAAUUUUUGGGCAAAAAUGUAAGUGAAAUCAAGCAAACCAUCCUGCAAACACUUGAAGGUCACUUGCGUGCCAUAUUGGAGAAUUUAAUAUAUGUAUGCUUUGAUCAAAAUAUAUCAGCCAGAACAACUAGAACAACCAGAGACAUUUUAACAUCUGGUCUCUCCGACAACACCAAGAGAUGGCUAGUGAACGACAGUCAUUUGUGGAACCAGAGAUCUAAAUCUCGUAGAAUUAAACAGGGAGUACCCCAAGGUGGAGUUCUUUCGCCGAUCCUGUUUAAUUUCUACAUGUCUAAACUCCCAACACCCCCGGACGGCGUCCAAAUAAUAUCUUACACCGAUGACUGCUCGAUAUUGGCCACGGGCAAUAGUAUUGAUGACCUUUGCAGUUUGAUAAACAGUUACCUAUGUGAUCUUUCCAGCUUCUUCCAUUUAAGGAAUUUAAAAAUAUCGCCCACGAAAUCCUCAGGAACUCUCUUCACCACCUGGACUAAGGAAGUAGGGCUAGAACUGGAUGUGACAGUCGAUGGCGAAAAAAUUCCGACGGUAAAUCACCCCAAAAUACUUGGUGUCACAUUCGAUAGCCUCCUUAUGUCCUCAGCGCACACCACUGCAAUCUGCAACAAGAUGCGAAGUAGAAACAAGGUACUCAAGUCUCUAGCCGGCAGCACUUGGGGAAUGGAUAAAGAAACCUUGUUGACUACCUAUCAAACGAUUGGCCGGUCAGUGGUAAACUACGCAGCGCCAGUGUGGACACCUAGAGUUAGCGACACGCAAUGGAAGAAGCUUCAAAGCUGUCAAAACGCAGCCCUAAGAACGGUGACAGGCUGCAUUCAAAUGAUAUGCGAAGAACAUCUGCAUGACGAAACGAAGAUGCUUUCAAUUAAGGAACAUAAUAUCAUGCUGUCAAAGCAGUUCCUACUGGGAUGUCAUCGGAGGGGCCACCCAAACCACCAUCUAACGGAGGCAAAUCCAACUCAGUUGGAACCUGAAUCCCUUUGGACUCAGCCGUUGGAUGCGACUCGUCUACUGGGUUUAGAUCUAACGGAGUUGGAUAACCAAAGCGAAGAAGAAGAAGAGUAG